GCACAAACACACAGAAGCCUGGUUCAAUAUAGACCACAUGCAUGUUAUGAUGACAUCUUGACAUAAUUUGUUUGACUCAGUAUAUUUAAAGAGAUGAGAGAUAUUUAAAUGUCAGAGGUGGAGCUUUAAUGUUUAUUCUUUCUUUCUCCAAACUCAGUUUUACGCGUUUUGUCAAUGUGUGUUUAAAAGGGGGGUGGGGGGGCAGAUUAAGAGAAUCGGGAGCCCCCCAGCAGUGCUCGGCGUUGUAACACGACGCUCGUGGAGUUGCCAUCAUCACAUGGCAGAUGGAAAUUUCCACUCAGACUCCUUGCUUGUUAAAUGGGAAGGGUCUCCAACUCUUGUCUUCACUAGUCCGUCUCCUCCUCCGCCUGUAGCAGCUGUCCGCCAACCCUCAAACACUCGGUAAGACCUUCUACAUUUACUUGCCUUCUUUAUUCCUACCUACAUGUGCUGAUGUGGUUAAUCCUGACCACCAUAUUUGACUCACUGGGAGCGGGUAGUUUAAUUUCCACUCUUAGUUGCGUCUGGAUGGAUAAACUCGGGGGAUUAGAAAAUUAAACAAAUAAAGCAGACGUCUUUACGCACGGGUUUGGCACAUGUUUAAAACAAACAUCUGGCCUUUUAAAGUCUUGUUUUAUCGCUUUGGUAAACUCGUCUAUUGAAGAGAAGGAGCAACAGUAGCUGGACGUGUGUGGAGGGUGUUGCCUGCAGUCAAUAGGAAGCAGCGAUGAGCGCCAAACACGCGUCUUUAUUUAUCCAAGUGAAUUACGCCUCAUUUUGGUGCAAGGUGAUAAUUUCGUGUCUGGCUGUCGCUUUAAAAAUACACGUCCUCCUGAAGGCACCAGUUGAUCAUAUGUACUGAAAGUAGCUGCUCUUUUGCAUGUUGUGUGUGUAUUUUUUGUAUGCUUACUUUCCACGCUGUGCUGCUUUUCCGCCUUUACUGAGAGAAAAAACAAAGGCGACUGUUUGUGCCUCCAGUUUGCAUCAUUUUUUUGUAUGUUGCCUGGUGUGCAGAAAACAAAAAGAGAUGCAUGUGAUUUAUGACUUUACUUUAAAGGCGCACACACACACACAGAGGAGAUAUAUGGCUGUAUGGUUAAUGUAGAUCAUGGGUUUAUGUAACAGCAGAAAGCAGCAUGCUGAGGGUGGCCUGCAGAGCUUCACAGAGGACUAAUAAAUAUGUUAUGACUGCAAUCACAAGCUCCAACUGUUGUCUUGAAGCAGCUGGAAAUAAUGUGAAACAAAUAACUGAUUAAUUUGAACUUCCUGAUGAGUCUUCUUUUGCAUUUUUCAUUUAUUUUCAUCCAGAUUUCUGUGUCUUUUACUCUUCCGCCUCUCAGUAAUCUGUCUUAAAAAGGAAGUCUGAGGAAUUUGUCAGUGAAGUGCAGCAGGAUCGUUUGUCUUCAGGGGGGAUUUUCCAAAGUGUGACCCUGCCUGGAUGCUUUCCAUUCAUCAGCUCAGCCCUCCUCACUUUCAUUCCCUUCAUAACUCCGCUUUUAGUUAAGCACUUAAUGCAAUGUACUGUACAGCAGGGGUGACUUUAACAAAGCUGAGUUUGAGCGGGGAAUAUCUCAGCUUUGACAUAUUCAGGUGGUGAGUUCAGUUCCCUGGCUGCUAUAAAUAAACGGUUGCCGCACGGUGACUGUGCACGGACACUUUCGACCCCCUUCUGUUCGCCUGUGCACCUUUAACUUAUGUAACAGCGAAAAGUGAAGUAAUGUCCUCCUUUAAUGAAGCUCCACCCACUUCUUUGUCAAAUGGGUUUUUAAGUAUCUGCAGUUAUUAUAACAACCAAGUGGGUGUGCUGACUGGUAGGAUUUAAGCGUGCACGAUCACGGUGAGUUAUAAGCUCACAUAAAGAGCUACUUUAAUAACAAAAUACACAAUGAACACCUGGAUUGUCAGGUAGCUUCUCCUUGAGAUUGACAAUAAAGGAGAGGAAAUAUAAUUGCAGCUGUUUUGGGGGUUAAUUGGGAGUCAGUGUUGGCGAUGAUUUAAGUGAGCUGGCACACUGCAGUGACCACCACCUCCAGAUUUAACCUCCUGGCGUACUCCCCUGUGUUCCCUCCGUUACAGAUUCUCUCUGUGAUUCAUAAUAGUACCUGAAAUGUGUAACACAUGACAGACGCCUUUUCAACAGCAGAGGUGGCUCUAAAAGGUGAAGCAGUUUGUAGGAUAUCCGGAUGUAUGAUAUGAGAAUCAGUGUUAUCCUCUAUCCAACUAGUGAAGAAAGGGAGGACCAGCAUUUAUUUUUUCUCCUUAAGUCAGUAAUUUUAAAAGGAAAGACAUGCCAGAACUAAGUCUCUGGUCUAAGGACUGUAUAGACGUAUUUAAGGUGAAAAAUCGCAUCAAUCAGAGUCCAACUAAUAUGGAUUUUUUAGAUCGAAAAAAAGCGUUUUAAUGCAAAAAAUUAAAGCCAGAGAGAGCUAGAUAGUAUCCCCCUCUGGUAUAAAUGUACAGUAAACUAGACUCUAUUCAGAUUCUUUGAAAUUUAAAGCUUUUGUGAGGAUUUUCGUUCGUCUGUAUUGAUUUUGGCGCCCCCUGUGGACCAUAGAGUCUGCGCUGGUUUUGAUGUGUUUCAGCGUAAUUUCUUGUAAGAAUCAAACGUAUCGCUCAUCUUUGCUUUGGAGCCUGUAAACAAAGAGUUACCACCCCAUCAGUGCUUACUCAUAUUGAAAUAACUGUUUAGAAAUAGUAACUUUUCUUGUUCACAAUCUUGUUAGAGAUCAUAAAGGAACAUAAAUAUUGAUUUUUGGCUAUUUCACAACCUGCUAAAAUCUCAAGAAAAGAGCUUUAAAACUUAGAUUUCAGUCAUAUACUGUAGGGGUUGCAUGUUUAGACUGUAAGUCUUUUUCUUUCCAACCAAAACUUUGAAGUAACUUUCCAAGACUGCAGGUGAGAGACAUCACCAGCACAAGUCUGAACACCUGUCAGUAAGGCCGAGCUUGGCUGAUGGUCCUCGCUCCUGAUUGGCCGCAGGAGACUGAGUGACACAUGUAGGUCAGACACCGUUGAGCAGCUGCCGGUGCUGGCUGAUGUAACUCGGAGUGUGAAUGAGCCAACGAGCCGAGAGCUGAGAGCUGAGAGCUGAGAGGCAGAUGCAGAGUCACUUUCAAAGGAGCGGAUAUCGCUAACACAAAGACGGAGUGAGGCUCUGCCACAAGGGAGAGGAGCGGGCAGUUUUCCAAACGCUGCCAUUCAAUUAAAACCCAGAAGAUUCUUAGUUAUUGGUGGUUCAGGCCUAAUUUUACCUGCAGGAUUACAUAAUAUCAUGACAUGGAGCGCACUUUAAGAACAGCAUAUGCAUUAAAGCUUUUCAAGUGGACUGUUGUCCAUCCUCAGGGGGGAAAGUCCCUUUUUUUUUCUCGCCACACAUGGUGGUCAGAGGUCAGAGGUCCGCUGCAGGGGUUCAGUGCCCUGCUGUAGAUCCUAUAAACAUGGAGGGAUGUUUGCCGACACAGCUGCUUGACCACUUUGUCCACUAUACUGAAGUUUUUACAGCUUGUUAUUACUAUAGGAAACAGGGGGUGCCCUCACAGUCUGAUGCAUAGAAAGGUGAUUAACUUGAGAGGCCUGCAAACAUCUGACACAGACUCAAUGAAACUAACUAAGGGAAGUUUUUUCAUGUCAACUUAAAGCUCCUCUAGAGACACUGAGACAAUAUUGGUGAUAAAAUAUUAACUCUCUACCACACUGCAAUAUACUGUCAUUUAUUUUGAUGACAACCAGACAAUCCUGCGACAAAAUUUUAGACACACAGUGGACUCAGAUGUAAAAGUAAGAUAGAAGCUAAAUAUAAGAAGGUGUGAAGUUGUUAAAAUCAGCUGCAAAAGUGUCGCUUAUGAGUGAUAGCCGGGCUUCUAGAGCGACAGACCCAGAUGUAGGGCUGGGCAAUAUGGGGAAAAGUUUAUCAUGAUAUAUUUUUUCAUAUCAGUUGAUAUCGAGAUAUAUCACAAUAUAAAAAAAUGAAAUUUAACAGUGCUUAUUGGUAGCAUGUCUUUUGCAAUACAAGAAGCAACUGCAUCUGUGAAGUCUUUUCUUUUUUCUCACCAACAGUGCUGUCGGCUUCACGUGUUAAAGUUCUAUGGUUGUGUGUAGCUGCUGUCUGCUACUACGCAGUUGUUUGCUACUUGUUUCUAAUUCUGCGCAUGAUUGGUUCAGCACGAAGCGGACCCGGAGCAAGUCCCCUUUUCAUUGGCUCUUUGCAUAGUCUAAACAUGGCAGAAUGACGACUAUUGAAAAGCAUAUUGACCGUGUUUUAUAUUGAUAUCAAGGGAAAUUAAUUUUGAUAUUUGACUAUCUAUUGCUCAGCCCUACUCCGAUGUAACUGUUGUCGCCUAUUUCAUGUCUAAUAAGAAGGGAUGGGGAUCGAUAACAGGGUCCAUUAAAUUCCCGAUAACGCAUUUGUCAAAACCCAAAAAUCAAUAACCUAUGAGCUUAUCGAGUGCGCUAUCAGGUCUCUGGGGUCCUGUGAUAGUAACGUCAUACUUUUAGUCAAGUCACAUCAUGUAAAUCGACGGCGAGAAAGUCCAAAGUGCCAAAGCUGAAGAUAGUUAAUAUCACGUGAUGUUAAAAUUUCACAUCCAGAAAGAAAUCAGGAAAAAAAAAAUAGACAUCAACGUUCUCCAUCCCUGCUGAAAACUGGACCAAUCACAUUGAUCCAGCUCAGUCGUGAACCAUGACCAUGAAAUCUCACUCAUGGGGUGAGAUGAUGUCACUAAAGUGUACCGCUGCCAGAUCGUCCCUGUACGGGCCUCUUAGUGAUCAAAGAUGUGAGUUUACAGCCGCUACUUCACAGUAUACAGAGAAACAAAAGAGAGAGAGACACACACCGGUAAGAGCACAGUGUGUUCUCCGUUUUAUAUAAUUUCACUGAUUAAAACUUUGGAUCCUCACUUACGUAACACUGAAACUUGUGUUUGACCUGCCAGACAUGAAAAGAGAGAUUUAAGGGCCGAGCCUUUUCAAUCAAGGCUGAUAUAAGAGUCUUAUUAGAUCAGUUCAUUAGUUUCAAACCGUGUGAUGAACAUCAGCUGAUUAUCCUCCCUAAAUCUUUGACUGCACAACGUUCUGUGUCGUCAUCUUCAGCGUAGAUGAGUGGGCAGAUCAAUACUGACUGAUAACAGAGAGGGACCGCUGAGGCAGGUCCACAAACAAGUUAGGGACACAGCGAGCUCCUCUUCUGUACGAUAGGCCAACGUUGUGUUUACUGAAGGCCAGGUAUCCUGUUUUGUUCUUACUAAAACCCUCCAGACAACUCUGGAGGCGCCAUGUUUCCGCUGCAGUGUCCCAGAGGUCCACAGAUCGGCUUUCAUUCCCUAAUAAAAUCAGCAGUGCAGCCAAACUUGUCAUUUUCUUAUUCAGAGCAGCCUCUCUCUCCUCUUGCUCACUCUAUCCCUCUGCUUCACUAACACACACCUGCUCCUCCUGCUUUUACACUUGUCUCCGUACUCCAUCUGUCGCUGUAUAAUGGUUUGCACAUGUUAAGGACACAACAGUGAAUCCUUCUUUUGCCACACAGGACGAAAUGAGCACAGCAGUGGUCACUGAAUCUGGAUUACAUGAUUUUCAUGACUGCGCGAGGUUGAAAUUGUAAUAAAAUUAAAGUUUCGUGAAUACGCCAGGAGUAAUGAAACUAUAAGGAAGAUUUUUGUGUCCAUGAGACAGAUACAGAGAUCACUUAUGUCUUCAAACUGGAGCUACAAACUCCAAAAGUUUAAAAGUGUGGCAGCAAAGUGACCACAGAAAAUGGCGAAUUAUGCGCUAACACUUGACUAAAAGAGCUGUCAGGAGAGAAAUAAUGACCCGGGCUGAAACAUACACAUUCCACGUGUGCAGGCGGCUGGGCCAAGUGUUCAGCUGGAAAAUCUGAAAUAUGCUGAGCUGAAUAUUAGCCAAUCCUAGACCGCAGUUUUCCAGCAUCUUCUCAAUGACUGGUUGGACUGUUGUUUGUGAAUUUAUUGGUGAUUUCUGGGUCAAAAGAGUUUUAGGUUGUAAAAUGUGACUCUUCCAGAUCCGUUCGAGGGUUUUAACCUUAAAUCCAAGUGCAGCGAUGACCUAUUUAUUUCUUGGAAGUGAAAGUGUGCCGUGGUCAUGUGCCACACUUAAAUUGUUCCCAUGUGGAUCCACUGACAGGCGGAUCAUCUGGAGGAGCUUGUGCGCUCGCUUUAAACCAGAUGUGCGCGGCUCUCUGCUUCGUAUGAUGUGGUCGUCUCCCUGCAGCUCCAACAUUCGCCCCCCUAAGGUCUCAAGUGCUACAUAUUAUGACCCAGCACGGUAGCCACAUAACUGAAUGUAACCAGCAGCUGUAAAUCUGUCCUACAUGACAUGGUCCAUUAAGAGCUGCGACUACUUGGGUAAGGUUCACCCUCUAUGGCAGUCUGUGUUCAUCUUGUUGAAGGGGAUACUUCAGUUGGACUCGCCUCCAGUAAAUGUAUUAGCCAAUCAGCCCGACCCUUUAAUGAAAAUCUGCAAGCUUGCGAGUCAAACGGUUUUCUGCAGACGAGGUCAAGACCCCGACUCAAGCACUCACCUUGAUUUAAGUGUACGUUCUACUAAGAUCCUUUGCAGCCAAAAAGCAAUCAUCCGCACUAUUUACAGGCACAACAUAAAAGUAUUGUACCUUCCAUAGAUUUAAAGAAACAGCGCUUAAAGAGAAGCGUUAAAGAAAAGCAAGGAUGAGUAAAUAAAUGUUCAGAUGACCAACGACCCAAAGGGACAACCUCGAAAGUUGUUUUUAAUCCACAAUAAACCUUUAAAACAGGGGUGGGAAAUUCAUUUUUACAUGGGGCCACAUGAGAAACCUGAACUGUGUUGGAGGGCCGAACCAACAAUAACUUCAACUUCAAAUCAGGGGGGUCCACACAUACAGAAAAGCAAGCCCAAAUAAGCAACUACUAGAUAAAAACAAGCCCAAAAGAGUUUUACAUGAGUUUUACAAGCGACUUCUGAGAGAAACAAGCCUAAAGUCAUUUAUAAUAAGCAGACUUGGCAACCAUGAGGCGUCUACGUAUAUUUUGCAGAUGUUUAAACUUGUCUCUGUGGACGAAUGCAGAUCUAGGAUGUACGUGCGUCCAAACAGAAAUAAAACAAUGACUAGGUUUUCAAAAUAAAAGCGACACACUUGCAUGUUGAUGAUUUGAUUGACGGACUUGAUGUGGCCCUUGGGCCGUAAAAUGCCGAGGUCUGCUUUAAAACAUCUGUUUCAAAAGUACCUGGAAACGAGUAUGUAGGACUUUUAUACUUGUAAACAAACAAAUGGACUAAAUGUCUUAAUGGAGCGUACACCUAAACUGAGAUGAGUGCUUAAGUUGGGGUCUGUUAAAGUAGGUUUAAGCAUGUGGCAGACUGGACUCCAAAAUCUGCUGUUUCUAAAAUGACUAACAUCUAUAAAAGUUGAUAGAUUGACUUGUAACAUGUGACUUAAACAACUGAAUUUAAAAAAGUCUGAAAUAUCCAUUUAAUAGUGUCAACGCUUCCUUUUUGGUGCACUUUUGAAAGUGCUUCUGCUGCCUUUGCUUCCAUGUUUCAGUCUUAUCUGUGAAUUCUUUGCAACAGUAUUUAGAUUCAUUUUUAGAAACUGAUUUAAUGGUCUGAAAAGUCGGUCAGUUAUACUGAGAAAUCAUCACAAGACUCCCAUUUGCCUUCAGCUGUUAUAUUUCUGCCUCUGAGUUACUCCAUUACAUCUGCUUUUUGGCUUUUAGAGGGACUCUGUGGACUGUUUCUCCUGUGACGUGCACGCCUGUAAGAGUUUCCAUAAGUUUCAAAAACACUGAUUCAUGACGGUGCACAAACUCUGAAUGUUCAUUUGAUUUUUAAAGUCAACCUCAUCGUGUGUUUGUCGUAUAGAUCAGAGGAUUUGGUGGCUUUAAAAGGGUUCUAGAGGCCUUUAAAUAAUGCUGGAGGCUUUUCUGUAAACAGAGGGGAAAAAAAACAUCUACCAUGUUUCUACAAAUAACAGUGACAAAGCAUCACAUGAUGUAUUUCACAGUCGCCUGCAUGCAAAGAAGUGCACAGAGCUGAUAGAUUUAACACACACAGGACAGAAAUAUCUCCCGGCUUGGACUUGUGACAUUCUUCGGGAGGCCGCGAACUUUCAAAGAGCUCUUAACAUUCAACCGUUUUAAACAGGCGUAUGUUAUCCUUAUCACCCUCUUUCUUUAGGAUGAGCCUUUUAAACUGGUAUAAUGAUCAUUUUACUUUACCUUGUAUUUAAGAGGCUAUAAGACGCCAAUCAUUCAGCAGCAGCAGCAGACUCAGUGAGGUAUUUUCGGGCAGCCACAUGGGGUUGAGAGGUAAAGACUUAAAUUAGAGGUUUGAAAUUCCAGCUCGUAAUGAUCUCUGGCAGUGUCUUAACUGUGUCUUUAUAACACAAUCCGAAAGACAUGUCUGCUAUUUAACUCGUGUUUAAAGUUUCCUUUACAUUGAACUAUCAAAUGAACCUAAACGAUCUCUUACAGGACGAGCACUUCACAGCUUGGCUAGAUGAAAACCGACUCCCUGAGCUUUUAACGAGGUAGUCUUAUGCUUGGACAUGCUGUCAACGUAAACAGAGGACGUGGUGUCAGGAUUGAGAGGUAAACACGUGUUAGAGUAAUCCCACGAUGAGGCAACUGGCAUGUUAAAAAAAACUUGUAAUUAGAAUUAAACGAGAAGGACACGCGAUUCGCCCAAUUUGUGAUGCCGCCAAUUGUGAUCGCUUUGUUGCUGGAGAUUAAAGAAACAAGAGUUGAUUCGUCUGUGACGGCAUUGUAGCAUUGCAACAGUGGAGGAGGCUUCUGGAGAGCUGGCCAAUGGUGACUAAAACAAAGUGUUGUGGUUAAGACUGUUUUUUUAGAGUUAUCAGAGGAGCAAAAUACAGCCUGAAAAUGGACGUAAUACACCUUUUUUUUAAAGAUUUUACCAGCCAAUCAACAGCAACUCUUAUAAUGAGAUAUUAAAUUUAGUGCCUCAAGUGAAGGCUGGUGUCUUUUGCUUCAAUUUAAGAAACUCACAGGAUAAAGAUGCGCCGCAGCAGGUAAUGAUUAUAAAGUUUCGUUAGCAUCAGCGAAUCACACGUUCCUGUUUCAUGCAUCCCUUCAUAAGAGGUAGACCGACUUAAUGGUUGGACUAAUUCAUUGUGCUGAUCGAUGACAUUUUUAAAUUUUUAAUAAUCAGUCAGUGCCAGAGCUAAUGAGGCGGGUUAAAAAAUUAAACAUGUAUGCGGACACUGCAGGCGGCCUCUUCAGUGUUAAUGUUAAUGUCCCUCUCAAUGAUAACACCCAUCCUAAAUGAGGGCAUGUGAAAUCAGAAACACUAACUGGCUAGUGUUUAAUAUUAAAUCAGCAGUCCUCGUCUUAACCUUCCUCCUGUGUUAGCUUUCACUACGCACUCACUGUGUUAAGGCUCGGUUUUGACCCGUGUCUUAAAUCAGCUGUAAAUUACACUAAAAAUAAUUCUCUAUCAUCCAGUUUGGUUCUCAUCUCUAGGUUACCUUGUUAGGCUUCAUUAUCCAUGAAAAUAUUGCUUAUAAUAUUUUUCGUUGUGGUUCUCUGUGUCUUUCUUUGUCGGUAUACCCCUCACACAGACAUCAAUACUGAAUUGAUCUCACAUGUCUGGACAUGCCCGAUGUUGUUUUUGUGCAGGGAAAUACACAGCAAAAUGAGAAUUUACUAAAUCUCCCAUGAUUGAAAGAGGAUCUGACUGUCAGUGUGGUGCCUGGCAGUGCACUUAAGAUUUCAGUUUUAUCUCUAAUGAUUAGAUAUUUAACUAAACGGGUCACUCUAACACGACAAGUGCCGUAAUUUUAAAAAGAGCAUUUUAUAAUUUAGUCAAUUUAAUUUUUUAUUUUGUUGAAAUAGAACUUCCUGACAAAGUCAAAAAGUCUUGAUGCAAAUAAACUAAUUUAAGUGGUUCUUUAAAAACAAAAACAGGUCAGUGCAGACCCUAACACAGGAGGAGGGUUAAAUAGGGUAACUAAGUGUAACUUUCUAUUUCAUGAAUGAACUGAAAAUCCACCCAAAAGUCUCAAAAUCACUGGUGUGUGUGGAUACUCUGUGUUAUCGUGUCAGGAAUUUCAUUCAUAAGAAAAGUGAACAGUUGAACUGAACCUCCUCCUGCUCCUGAACGGGAGAAAGUACGAGCUCAGUUAAUGGUGUCACACCAGGUGUUUUGGUCAAAACAGGAGGUUAACAGCCUUUUGAUCUCUGACGUGAACAUCCUCCUUGACCUGUUUACCAGCUGACGUCAACACUGUUAUUGUUCUGCUGCAGAAAUAACCACAGUCACACACUUUUAGGUGGACUCGUAGUUUUUCUGUUUUUGUCUGAAGUUUAAAUAAAUGCUUUGAACACGUACACUGAGUUUGACAGAGUGAAGCAAACAGUAUUAUUACGCCAUCCCCGAUCAUUAUUUGAGGUUCCUAAACCUUGUGUCAAAACAGACUCAAAAAAGGAACAGAUUUUUAACACGUCACAGAAACGUUUUCUGGAAAACCGUGAUAAGCACAAAGUAAACGUCACAAAAACACAGUCCGGCUAUCCUGGCAGGCUCGUGCAGAACAUGGACGCUGUUCGAAAGAUGACAAAGUUUUACCAAAACACUUUUCUGAGAAGGUGGGAGAAGAGCAGACGACGAGGGAAAACAUGAUCCGGAGUUACAGGAAAGUGCUAGAAGAGCACGGAAAAAGAGGGAGACCUUAAAACUGGUUUAAAGUUGGCCGAUUUAUUAGCGUAAAUGUUAAAGUUUUCUUUUAGAUGGACAAUUAAACUCAGAUUAAAGAGAUAUGUGCAGGUGGGGGCUUGACAGAGUAUCAUGACCACAAUAAGGAAGAACUACAGCUUCUUAAUUUGAAGAUAAAUUGAUCCAACUAAAACAAUCGCUUGGCGUCUGUUCCCAGGAGUGUAUUUUGCUACUCGCCAUCAGUGAUAAAGAUGAUUAAUCGAAGGAUCGCAUGCUACACAAAAUAAACUUAAAAGUCUUAAUAUUUUCAUGUCUUUGAAGAAAUAUAAAAUCAUUGUAAUUACAUAACAGCAGUUAUUCUGAUGCCAAAAUAACCGCGAACAGGGAAUUCGCGUAAUAAAGCAGCGUUAACGCUUCUGUGUUGACUCACAGUGGAGCGACGCCGCUGUGAGUGUCCACGCCACUCCGCUAUACUCCACCCACACACCAGUAAGCAGUGAGGUCCCUGUGCUCAUCAUGUGGCCAAUUUCAGGUCCCUCCUUGUUUGUGUGCAGGAAACCAUGGCGACCGAAUCCAGUGGUAGCGUGUCUGAGUUGUAGCUGGUUAAUGUUGUGCAGCAGUCGAUCACGCUGCGUUUAUGCAAAGACGGAGCGAAGAGAUGUUUGAGAAGAUGGAGGAUGUGGGAUGGCGGUGGUAUGAGUCGUAAACCCACAAGCACUUCCCCUCUAAUAUUUGCUCGACACAUGCUUCCACAGUAUGUCCGUCAAUGUUACAUAAUACCUCAUAUUUCACACUCUGUUGUUGCUGCUUCGCGGCGGUUGAUCAGAUUUGCCUGAAAACACGUGAAUAAAUCAGUUUGACACGUCUCUCUUCUUCAGCUGGACCUCUUCGGCUCUUCUUCUUCAAGUGUUGGUUAUCUUUGACUUAAGAGAGAGUCAGCGCUCUCACUUUGUAGCUUCUGCUGCUCUGCUCAGAAGCCGGCGACCUUCUAACCCCUCCAACCCCCGCGAGCUAAGCCUGGUCCUUUUUUGGUGUGUGGCCGGAUUGGCUCGGUCACAGCUUUCUAGUCACAGGUUAUUGGACAAGUAUGCGUGUUAAGCCCCGCACAAACUUUAAUGACCACGGUGCCAUUUAAGGAAUGUCCCUGCAGCUGAAGAGACGACCACGGUGACGAGUUUAUGAUUCUGGGAAUUUUACGGCUUUUUCUGCUGCACUCGACGGUUUUGUUGUUUUCUUUAGAUGUUCCUGUACACAAACGGUCGUCGUGAGGGUUUUGAGACAACAAUAUCGCUAAAAUUUUAAUUUUGAUUUUAAUAUUACUAUUAUUUUAAAAUACAUGUAAAAAGAUUCGUCUGACUGGAAUCGCACUAAAGUUUGCAUGCAGAGCUCUGAGAUAGAAGUUGAACAGCACAGAUGUGCUGCUGGAAGCUGGGCUGAAGGAGAAAGAUGGUGUAGAGAGAGUAGAGAGCUUUACAAGUUAAGGUCAAACACACCAUAACACUGAGUUAGACACCCCCUCUAGAGAUGAAUGUUGCCAACCGCUUGCUUCUCUAGUUAUACCAACUUUAGUAACGACCGCACGAUAGCAAUACACAGCGGUCUACAUCUCCACAUACAAACCUCAACCAAAACGCCACUCUAUAACCACAAAUAAUGCUCAGAACAGCACCUAACUUCAUCAACAGGACAUAUAGGGUCACAGACAUAGCACAUAGCACUAGUCUCUUUAGCAAAGAGACUAAACACAACUCACCAACUCUCUUCCAGCAGCCGCUUAUUUGUGGGGGGAGCCCUGACGAGUCGAUCAUAUAGUGUAGCAGAAAAUUUAUGAUUGUUACUUUAUGGAAAUGCAAUCAGACCGAGACGCUAAGGCAGAAGAACUUCCGUGUCUGCAGUGCACAUACAAGAUACACAAGAACUCUGAUUGCAUUUCCGUUAAGUAAUAAUCAUAAAUGUUCUUUAUUGAGCUGCGAAACUCCGCUGCACUCUGUGAUCGACUCGUCAGGGCUCCCACACAAACAAGCGGCCAAGUGGCAAGCAGUCGGCAAUAUUUCAUCUCUGGAGGGGGUGUCUAACUCGGUGACCAUAAUUCACAUUUACGCCAGAAUAUCCCUUUAAGGCAAGUGGCGGACAAGGUCAACUGAUAGUCGCAGGCCUAAAGGGGGCAUAUCGCCAUGUCUUGCCUGGUGCUUGUAGACCGGGACGAAGACAGUUGUCCAGUUAAACCGCCUGAUCGAGCUAUAACUACAGUGUGACUAAUCUGUGCACGUAAACACGCAGAGUAAGAGCCUCUACAAAUACAAAUAAAAGUGUGGUUUCUUUCUGAUUCGCAGCUGUUACUAAAAUUGAGAUUUUCACUCAUCAUAUGUUUUGGAUCUUCAGUAAGUUGAGGAAAGUCUUGAACAUGUUCAGCCUCCAGCCUAAAAACUCUCUUCAUCCGCUGCGUUUUGCACGUCCAAACCUUCCACUCAAUCGAUAACAGAGUUUUGUACUUAAAAAAAAAAUGUUGCUGAGGCUGAUUUAAGCUGAAAAGUUCUCCUCACAUGCCACAUGUGUCAGCCCGGCAUUACUAAGUAGACAGAGAUAAAAACUCAUCCCUCACAGAGGCAUGACCCUGGGCACAGUGACAUCCCUCGCGCUGACGUCUGAUUGGUCAACGGGCGGCACGGCCCACCCUAAAAGGACUAACAGCCGCAUUCAGACACCCCUGGGCAUCUGCCUGUGUGGGACUGCAUGUGCAAACAAUACUGCAUGUGCCACUGUUGGUACAGAGGAGGCAGUACAAUCAGUGACAAUGGUGUGUGUGUUGUUAGUUUAGCAGUGCACACAGGGUGAAGCAGAAACCCCGUGCGACCCUUGACCUCUCAUUCGACCGCGAGUUGAGCUCGUAAAGCUUUCUAUUUGUAUAAAAUUGGACAUUUGUGGUCACAUGGUACGUCAUGUGACCAUGUCUUAAAGCGACCAGGGGUAUUUAACGGCAUCCAGGACCCCUGGUCUACAGUCUGAUGUUGGCUAUGAUACAGUUUAGAUCACAGGAUCUUUCCCCUUCACAUCAAUAGUAUUGAUUUAUUUCUAAUUACUGUAUAUGAUUCAGUCCACACCCUUUCAAAAUAAAAGCUUGUAUUUGUAAACAGAGGGUUCGUAACUUUAGAUUUCCUUGUUCCUUGUUUCUGAGUUGCACUUUUUCUGUGUAAAGCCUUCAUGGUCAUUUGUGUUGCUUCAGACUCGUGUGUGUGUGUGUGUGUGUGUGUGUGUGUGUGUGUGUAUUGGGGGAGUUUCAAGGGUGCUUACGACCAUGCUCAAAAGAAGGUGGAGUCUGAGUGAACUCCAUCCGCCCUCAUUGGUCACCAGAGGCCCUCCUCCCUCCCUUUUAAAAGCCUGCUUUCUCACCUGAGUUACAAAAGAGCUGCAGCUCUCACCCUCUCACUCGUCCAUCAUCUAAAUCUUAUUAAUUCAAUUGACUCAAAUACAAAAGGACCCCUUGUGGUGCCAAUUUAAGGAACUUUGGAUAAAGUAAGUAUGCAUUCUUUACAUUAAAUCUACAUAUCUAGACUUUGCAAGGAAUUUGAUCUUAUGCCUGGAAGUAACAUGCUGAAAAAAAAUCUCUAAAAGACAAUCUUGUCAUGAGGAAAAGUUGUUUUUUAUACUCAAAGCAAGAGCAUUUACUCAACUUUUCCAGCUGCAGCAGCAGCAGGGGUGUGUUUGAGAAACACACUAGUUCUCAUUCAGUCACAAGUCAAGUUGAGUGAGUUUCUACUGUGAGCUCUGCCGGGAGGAAUUUCUCUCUCAGGUGGCUGAUGCAAGAGUUUGUUUGGAUGAAGGAUGUUGGGAGAAAUGGGGAGUGUUUCGCAGAGUGGAAACGAGGAUUUUCCGAGACUGAUCUGUCAUAAUAUCAAGUGGUCUUGAAAGUUAAAACUAAGAAGGAGUCGAGUGCAUGUGAGUGACUUUUUUUUAAGCGUCUGUUUCCAAAGUUCUUAACAGUUUUAUGUUCUGUGUUACGACAGCGACUGAGAUGCAUGCAAAGCUUUUUCAUGACUUGUAUGACCUUCUUCUCCUAAACUUAUCGACUCAUGACAAAGUUGAGCAGAUUAUGCACGUCGUUUUAGAUGUGUGAGGAAACUACAAACAGGAGGAAGUGUCCUUGCUGAUAAGUUUGUCUGAUGUAUUUGCAUAUUUUUCCUCCUGUUUCAAGAAGUUGCCAUGCAGGAAAAGUUAACAUAACAUGAGGGUAAAAAUCUUUGACUUUGUACAAGUUUUUAAUCAAAUUAUGACUCAAAGACUGUUUUUAUAGACCAUUAACAUGCAGAUAAUUUUAACGCUGCUUGGGUUAAAUUAGAUCUGAAAAAGACAUUUCCUGACUGCAAACUGAAAAAGUUUCACGUCGAGUUUCAAUCAGUGCAAAAUAAAAUCUCACGUUCCCUCAGAGCGAUUCUUGGACUGACUUAAAAAUGGCGCAGAGUUUUUGACGCAUAAAUUAAUCUGAAAAAAAAGAGUUAAUUCUUGGUUCAAGGGCAACCUCCAUGCCUGUCUUGCUGAGGGCGUAUAUCAUCACAGUCGUAGAGAGGUGCUCGUGCAGUUAUAUGAGAGGGAAGAAAAAGGUAAGAAGUUGCGUAAUCAGGAAGAAUCUGCAGCUCGUUGCGGGUUAACGUGGGGUCUGACGCCCACUUAGCAUAAAAAUGGCUGCAAACUCAGGUGUCAAGACAUCUGAGGACCCUCUGAGGGCACAAUAGCAGAGUGAUGCUCAGGCCACUUACAGCCAUUACCAUGUUGUACUCAUCUGAGCACAGUAUUCACAUUUAUCUCUUGCCUCUAAAGGGAUUCAUGUUUGUUUUAGACCGUUUCGUUAGCAUUUGUCUGGACCUCGAUGGUCUCAGCAGGCUCCGUGUGCAGCUGUGAUCUCUUGCAAAUGUGGAGUCUUAGCAAAGAAAGUUCCAGCAACAAGUAGGCGCCCUCCUUUUUCGAAUGGUUGCCGUGUGGCACACUGCCAUACACGUGCGCCUCUAUGCUAUGGCUGCAACAACCGCAGCAUUAAAACCAGGGGGCAUGUGAAGUUAACAAAGUCAGACAGGUUAAUCCUCUUGGCAACGAGAGUAAAAACCAUUCCUCGUUUCACUCUCGCCACAGAGCAGACAGCGGCGCAGACGGAUUGGAGUGAACUGGCGUGUGUGAUAUGGUUGUUAACGGUAAUGUAGCCGCUUAAUCUCUGUUGGCUCAAAGAAGUCUGGUUUUAAAGCAAACCACUUCCGAAGAGCUGGAUCACACGGAGAACCACGGUGAAUGACAGAUCUUCAGAAGAAGUCUUGGACCAAAGUGCAUCAAGGUGGAGAAUUUUGACGUCUUUUGCAUGGAUAGUGGUGUUGUAACUGCAAACACUCUGCAGGUACUGUGAUGCAAAAGACCUGCUGAGAAAUAUCUGGUGUCUUGAGGAUCAGUUGCUUAACAAGCAUUUGUGGUUUCCUGUAUUUACAACUUUCUUGUUCUUCCUUUUCGCCUCAUUUCAUGUUUAUUCAAGCCUUCUGCACGUAUUUGCUCUAUUUCUGUAAAGCUUUACGUCGUUGUCCCACUUUCAGCUCGUUUCACGAAUCCAUUAACUCUGAAAACACAGAAAUAGACAGUAUCAUGGCGGGUCCUUAACUGUCUCCUCCAUGUGCUACUCAGCGCCUCCUCCAAAUCAAGUAGUUCCUAAAAAUACCAGCGCCUCAUUGUCCUGAAAUCACCUUGAACAUGUCAGGAAUUCAUAUCCUCAGCUGGGUUGGGAUUCCUCAUGUUAUCAUUCUGCGCCCAUCCUUGGAGCCGCCUUCUAACACGUGAGAGACAGAUGGAUAGUUAGCGGUUAGCUGUUAGCUGGGUGACAAAUACAGGGUCCACAAAGAAGAGGGCCUAUAAAAGCGAAUACUCUGCACAACUUUAAGCACAUAACUUUGUCGCUGCUCAACUGUUCAAUGUGUAAAUAGACGACAUCGCUGAAGGCAUGUUUGAUUUCUGCAGCAAAGACGUUGUUCUCCGCUGCUGAACAAACAAUCACAAAGCCGGUCACUCUGAUUUCUCCGUCUUACUCCAGAACAUAAAUAUCCACUUACAGGCACUUCUCAAGGCUUUAGAUAGAGAGCUGAAUGCUCGCUCGGUUUCCUUAUUUCCAAUGCCUUUGCUUGCUAUAUGUCUGCUGCAGAAAUGUGGACUCACUGUGAUAUUGGUGGAUCUAGGCGGAGAUUUCUACAUACUUUUCCAGUAGAUUUUUCUGUGGGGUUCAUAUCUUUUAACAUGGCACCACAAAAUCGUUCUCUGGCUCCAUUUAGAGGUGCGGUAUCUCUUGUUUUUUAUCAUGUGCGACACUUUUGUUCUUGUACUUUUGCACUUGGUGGUGAUUCGUGUUUUCCUGGCAUUGUUUGUUGGCGAUUCCUCCUCAAAGCUCCGUAGCCUUACAUGAUUAAAGAAGGCCGCUGGUUGCAUCUACGCUCUUUGUCCAUUGUCUUGGCUCUUUCCUUACAUAACUCCGUGAUGAAUGCGUCCGAUGGAAAAUGUCAGAGUGUGUGACCCUGCACGGAGCCGUUGGUUUCUUCUUUCAAUGCAGUGGGUGAGGCUGAGUAAAUGAGCUUGUACAUGAACAGGGCUGCCUGUUGAUGGAGGUGGCCCCACCAGGUGGCCCCAUGAACUUGAUGCAUCCUUGACCUGGUUUCAGGGUUUGUUGACUUAAACUUAAGUCAAUAACCUCCGUGUGCGUCAGAGUGGGCUUGCCAUGUCGUAAAAUUACCUGUCGUGAACGUGGCAUGGAUUUCGUCACACAUCGGUUUGGUAAUGGUUAAAAAUGUAAAUUUAAUUGUUAACAAAUGAAUCUGGUAUUAAAGGGUUAUGGCGAUAAAGCUCUUCAGACUCUGCCAGUCCUCGUGAAGCUGAAUGAGGCACCAGUGUUGCAUCACAACCCAGCUCUCCUCUUCAAGGCAACAUGACAAAUAGUCCUUCAUUUCCAGGAAAUGGGAUGGACUGGUUUGCAGACUAGAAGGCCUCAGUUCUCUCUGCAAAGUGUUCAUCAAGGCCAAAAGCCUCCUUUGAGGGCGAUAACGCCAGACAAUACAUGUGCAUGCCUGGAAAUUUGCAUUCCUGUGGUCGACUUUACUGUAAGCGAAAUUUAAGACUCUGGAAAGCAGCCUGGAUGGUUGUUAAAAGUUAAGAAUAGGUGUCUUCAAGUCGAUCUGAGUCACUUUAACCUCUAACUGUUUCUUUCGUGUCCAUCUUUUUAGGUCGACCAGAAGUUAAGGAAGAAGUUUGUGAAUUAUAAACCCCUGAGAUCUUAAAACCAAACUUCUUUGACAUCUAUUCUGCUGUGCACCACCAUGCCGGGAGUCGUGGAUCGUAUGGAGCUGAGGAAAGUCUCCACAGAGGCUGACGAUGAUAGCACAGACAGCCUGGACGACCGCUUCACAGAGCCCAUCGACUCUGAGAAGGCCACCAUCGACAGGUAGGCGAACAAAGUGAGAGGAUUUUAUGAUCAGAGGACUUUUGGUAACGGAGAAAAGAACAAAUCCCUCUCAACAUCUUAUCUUCUCUUUUAGUUCUGGUUGCUGCUUUACAUAAACACACACUCAACCUGUCUUCUGUCAUUAACUGUGCUAAUUAUAUACAUGCAAACACAGUCUUUGUGAAGGUGUGGGAAGUUUGAAGACACAGCAACUCCAGAGCAUCUGAGCUUAGGGCUCGUCAGGGGUGUGUAUUCGGAGUAGACGACUUUAAACCCGCAAGUUUAUAAGGUUACAUCUCGAAUUAAAAAUGUAUUUGCAGCAAUUCAACUGAUCCAAAAGCGUUGAAUCAUGAGGAGCUGAUAACUUGUGUUAAACUGCAAGGUCAAGGUGGUAAUUUUGGGACACAGACACCCCUCCAUGACCUUAAAUAUCAGCUGAUCCUCAUUGUUUACAUCAGGGCAUCGUCACCUUCCGGUUACAUGUUUGAACUUCAGAGCAAAUCAAACUUUAUUUAAGCAGAACAUUCAGCCAAAAUAAAGUUUACAUAAUGAGGAGGAUCCACCGGCCCGGGGUCAAUCUGAGGCUAGUUUUGUUUACUUUUAAUUAAAAUUCAGGAAAUGUGUCGCACAACGCUUUUAGUCCAUCUGAAGACAUGUACGCAUGUUUCAAUAAAUCAUGACUCCUCUCUUUAAAAUCCAGAUUUUUCCAUGUGGUUUUAGUCCCGAACGGUUUCAGUUCCUUUGAAUGUAUGAACCGACGGUUAUCGUCUUCCCUGUCUUUGCAGCCAAUUCCUGGACGACAUGGAUGACGGAGAAAGCCAGAAGUUCCUGACAAACGGGAUGAUGAAGAAGAAGAAGUACGAGGAAUACCAUGAAGAAUAUGUAAGAGAAUUUAAAGCCGCAGUAUGCGUGUUUUUGUUGCCCGUUAGUCAGAGAAAGGUCCCGUUUCUACCUGCAAUGUCUAAUUUUAAUGAUAACACUGCCACACGAUGGAGCUUGUGAGCUUAAAUAUUAGACGAUGUAACAGGAAAAACAUGAUUUGAUGCACUACUUAGUUUGGGUGCACAGCAUGCUUGUGUUUAGAUUGAGGGUGGAUAUUCACUUUAAUAAUAGCUUGUGGGAGACGAAAUAUUAACCGGUGGAAUUUACUUAGUACUUUGUGGUUUGCUGCACACUGAGAAAUAACAUUUAAAUACUCCUCCGUCGCUCAUCCGUUGACUCUUCUCCCUGCAGCAUCCCGGCCACACCUCCUUUGGGAUGUCCGUCUUCAACCUGAGCAACGCUAUCAUGGGCAGUGGCAUCCUGGGCCUGUCCUACGCCAUGGCUAACACUGGCAUUAUUCUCUUUACGUAAGUAGAACAAAUGACAUGCAUGUCAGGACACGGCGUGACAGGACAGGCGAUGUGCUGCUUUAAAAACGAACCAAAAUACGUCAGAAAAGCUGCGACCCUGGCGGCGAUUUACGGCGUUGUCAAUCAAGAUCCAGUUAUGUAAUCUUCCUCUGGUAUUGUUUGAACUUAGACAGGGAUGUCAUUAAAGCUUUCAUGAAAACGAGUCGAGCACAAUGCUUUCUACAAAUAGUAUCAGCAGAUAAUGCGAAAUAAGGUUGGGUAAAGUUGCAUCACGUUAAGUGGAAGCUGUAGAAAAAGACGGCUUGAAUACAGGAUGAUUGAUGAGUGGAAACCCGUGCCAAAAACAACACAAGCUACUUUAGUGAGUUAUGAUGGCUUAUUAAUACGAUGACAAAACAAAAAUGUUUGCUCAGCAUCGAAGUCGAGUCACCAAAUCUAAAUAAUCGGCUCUAAACAUGAUUAGGGAUAACAAAUUAGACAAGUCCAGAGUUUAGACUUCAUGUUAGUGCUGUAUGAAAGGUCAGGGCUUUAAAAUAAGAGGUAUGAGCUUUAAUGUGUCAGCCUUAUUUCAUGAAAUGUCACAUUACCACCUGGAAUACAGAGCAGCUCAUGGAAAUGUUUGACCCUCUGCACUCUCAGUUCCUCUGGCAUCUGUCACCCAGCUCUGUCCGCUCAGUGCUUAUGCAUUAUCAGCGUCCAUGGGCGGCUUCCAACAUCCAACCCCCCUCGCAGUCAUCGGACACCCCUUAAAUCCCACCUCAUGCAGACUCCUGCUGUCCGCUAUCUCUGCUAUCUGGCACCUUUUGAGCUUAAGGAAAUUUACAGGGUGUCAACUCUUUUGGGCUAAAUAUAGACGAGAGAUUUUGUAAAAACUUCUGAAAAAUGUGAUUGGAAAGGGGAAAAUACAUCACUUCAUUUAACCCCAAUCAACACCAGAACAAAACCUUUUAUUUCCUGCCAUUUCAAAGGAAUAUUUAGUUGCAUUGAAUUAAAUUUGCUAGCAAUAAAAGUAUGAUCCGCCUGUCUUUGGUUGACACUCUGUGGUAUCUGGAGCAUGCAGCAGUUGCAUGCAUUGACAUAUCAUCAAUGUGACAGGGCAUUGGUCAUGCUAGGUCCAUAUAACAGUCACAUGUCUCCCCAGACAACCUCCCCCCAAAACAUACAAACAACUCUACUGACGCACAUGUCCGACAGCUGCAGUGUCCCACAGCUACCUCGGAAACAUAAAUAAUUCAAAGCGACCACGUCAAAAGUUAUUUGGAAGAAAUGUAUUUCUGUAGAGAUUUACGUCAUCACAGACACAUCAACCUCACUGCCUGAUAUUACACUAAUCCGGACUCUUCCCGUCUUGCUGUUAUUUGCAUCUUUUUCUCCGUUUGUAUAGCUCAAGGACACCAGCGCUGACUCGUAAGGAGGGUGUGUUGUUUUUACACUGAUCACUUACCUCUGCUUUCCCUCUCCUCGCAGGAUCCUCCUCGUUGGCGUGGCCAUCCUCUCCUUAUAUUCUGUACAUCUGCUUCUUGUGACAGCGAGAGAAGGAGGUCAGUAACACAACCCGCCUGCAAAAGAUCAACAAAUGCCUUUAAACAAAAAAUGCAUUUAUUAUUCUGUUGGCAACAGCAGCCAAGAAAAAAUGCCUGUUUCUCUUUCUUUUGUUUGUGGUUCAAGUUAAAUGGUUUGACCCCUUCAGGCCUUUAAAACAGCCGUGCAGUUAAAGCUCAUAAUAUAAAGACAUUAAGCAUUUAAGAAGAGGUCACACCCAGAAUAAGAGUUGAAAACCACUGCACUAAAUCUUGUGCCAAAAUGUUAUAUCUCCACACUGAGCCCAAAAUUAGGGUGUCAUUUGAAAGACAGUUUUACAGAGGAAAACAGAGAUAUGUACAUUUUUCAAACUUGAUCCGCCACGUCACAACCUACACUUUCUCUACUUUUACAAGAGUUUUAUUAAGUUGUUCGGUUUUCUAAUUUCACAUCACGUUUGCUUUGCCAGGAUCCCUCAUCUAUGAGAAGCUGGGAGAGAGAGCGUUCGGUUGGCCCGGCAAGAUAGCAGCAUUCGGAUCCAUUAUCAUGCAGAAUAUAGGAGGUGAGGAAAGUAUCUCAGACUCAUGAUCCCUGAUUGCAGCAGAGGGUUUAAUGUCAGGAGAUUUAAAGCCUUCUGUGUCGUGUUUUUUUUCACCGUUUCACAGCGAUGUCCAGCUACCUCUUCAUCGUCAAGUACGAGCUUCCUGAAGUGAUCCGAGCUUUCUUGGGCUUGGAGAAAAUCUCGGGGUGAGUGUUUGUCCUUAAAGCUCCUGUGGGAGAGAUUUGACAUUUAUGAAAUAGACUGUAAUUUGGAUUGAUGGUUAUUAUUGAUAUACAAAAGCCAACAAGAUCAUCAGUGACAACAUUGACAACAUAUUAGGUGUGAGGUGUCAGCAAAGCAGCUGGAAGAACAGCUCUGUUUUUUUAUUUACCAUUAAAUACUCAUAAUAACAAAGGACAAGAUAAGACUGCCUUGUCUGUAGGGGGCACCAAAAGUGACACAAACCAGUAUUCCUCACAGGAGCCUAAAUAAGUUCAGUGUGUACAUUCAGUGUGUUCAGUAUUUUAACCUCACUCUUUCUGCAGUGAAUGGUACAUGGAUGGAAACUACCUGGUGAUCUUCGUGUCAGUCGGGAUCAUUCUGCCUCUGUCCCUCCUUAAAAGUCUGGGUAAGGACUCUGUGUUUGCUUUUUUUGACUUUAAACCUCACAAGCUGUGAUUCAGAAACUCUUGAUACUGCGAGAAGCACAAUCAGAGCUGAUUCCAGCCUUCUGAAGCUGCUUUUGUCACGGUGUUUUCCUCCUGUGUGCUUGCAGCUGUUUAAAAUUCAGAGAAAAAGAAAUGUGAAGCUGAGGCAAGCCCUUCGUCAGCUCCAGCAAUUAGGAGUUACCGUAACGCAACACUGCUAUGAGGCCUUUAGUCAGUUCCAGCACUCCAUUUAUGAGGCCAUGAGUCAGAUCCCCUCCUCUGGCUUAACUCCAGUGAGCCAACUUGUUUCUGCAAGUAAGCUGCAAGCUGAGCCCAGAGCUCAAAUUAUGUAAUUAAGACAAUAAAACAAAGAAGUGAGUUAAAUAGAUUCAACUUUUCUGUGUCUGUUACGAUGAUGGGUACUAAAUAAAGUCAGUGUUCCUUCUAGAUAUCAGAGGCUUUCUUCAGACUUUAUCUCCGGUCUGAACUCCUGUCUCUUCUCGAUUACCCCGGUUUAUUUAAGGAUCUGGGUCAGGACCUAGACCGAAGCACGAUGUGAUCCACUUCCAAGAAUAAACAGUAAUAGAAGAUGAUGCCAACAUUGAAAAGACAGAGUGCAGAGUUGCACAGUCAGAAUAGCACAUAGAACAUAGCAUUACAUCAGUCCGUGCUGUUACUGAAUGGCGUGUCUCUCUUUAGGUUACCUCGGCUACACCAGCGGCUUUUCCCUGACUUGCAUGGUCUUCUUCUUGAGUGUGGUAAGUAAUGGUUUUCAGAAAUGAUACGAAAAACAUGAAAAUCAGGUCUUUUAUGGUCUUUUAUAGCUUUUACGGUAUGAUCUACAAAUUUACGCCAAUGAGGACGAACCCUAAAACUGCAUUCUCCCUUACGGCCAGGAGAGGGCGACUUGUCUUAGAAAACUUUAGAAAACAUUAGCAGCUAAAUACAAAAACAGCGCUCGCGUGAGAAGCUUAACCCCAAUUUCCACCGCAUCCGGAACGGCUACGAAAAGGCCGUAUCCACCAAUCGUAGUUGAUCGUAACGAUUCAAGUUAAUGUGUCAAUUUCCAACAACUUCAUUCUGUUCCGCUGGGGAUCACCAGACUCUGCAAGAGUUCUUUUUUUCAGGACGCAGGAUAAAUUGGAAGGGAAGGGAUAAAUGCUGGAAGGGAAGUCGGGCACAUACAUGCAAACGGGCGGGGACAAACAAGUGAAAGGUUUAUAGACAGCAUUUCACCCCGAUGACACCAUGGAUGAGGAGAUGCUGAUUCUAGAAGUCUAGAAGUAGAUUUCCUCCUUUUGGAAGGACAAAGUCUACUGCUUACAUGGUUAGCCUCUGUGACUUGUUAUCGCGCGAUUGUGCGUGAAUCUGCGGGUUCUUGUGAGUUCUUGCGAUUCCUGCUGUUUGUAAUCUGCCACGAAAUUCGCCUCACAAACGGAUCCGGUAGGAAUUGGCGGACGGCAAAUAUUGCCUCCGUUCCGGAUCGGAGCUGUUCUGGAUGCGGUAAAUAUUGGGGGUUAGAGUUCAACAGAGAGAGAAAACUAGAUAAAUCCUUAUGGCGAUGUAUAAUGUUUCUCUCUGCUUCCCCCAUGUGGCGAAGAAUAAUGGUAGUUGUCGUUCCCCCGCCACUAUAACAGUGCUGUUAGGCUCACUAGAUGACUAACAUGCCACCUAGCUGGCUAAUAAGUGUGGCAUUUGACCCCGUCCUUCUGCCGCCGGACAGUUCAGGACCUGGACAGUUCGUCUUACACCGAGUGCCCAGUUUCAAAGCAUGUGACUGCGGUCCACUCUUUUAGAGAUUACAUCAUGUAGAAAGUGAAGGUGAAACGCUUCACUAUUUUAAAAUGAAUGCUAAAAUAACAGGAUUACGGAACAACUCAUUAAUCAUCCUUUUUGAAGAAUGUAGUUUUAUUAAAGACAGACCUUGAACGUUUUGGAUUUUGAAGCACUUACCUGUCCCAAAAUGGAAUCAUGGUUUAAAGAUACUGACAUAAAUCAGGAAUACGGGGAGAGUAAUUUUUAAAAAAGGACUCUAUUUUAUAAAAAUAAAUAUACAUUUACUGCCUGUUAAACUAGCGUGCGUAAAUCAUUGGUUAGGACUCUGGCUUUUAUGAAAAGACUGGGCGAUUUUUUAUUUGAACAUAAACUGUUUUUUGUAGGUGAUCUACAAGAAGACCCAGUUGCCCUGUCCUCUUCCUUUCCUCGACCAUCACUCCUCCAACCUCAGCAUGAACGCCUCGGACAUGUCGGGGUUGUACCAUCCGCUAAACAACUCGGCGCAGAUGGAUUUCUCUCGGGCUGAAAUCACCCCGGCUGUCCCCAGCAACAGCGACCCUCACCACUCCACCAGUGUCCACUUCGAGCCCCAUCCCGACGAUGAGGAGAUGUGCACACCCAAAUACUUUGUCUUCAACUCACAGGUAUGAUUGAGUUGAUGGUAGCGAACAGGUUAGCGUGAGUUAAUGACGUGUAGCAGAGCGCAAACUUUCUCCCUCUCUGAGCCUUUGUCCAACUUGCUGAGGACGCUAUUAUGUGAACAUAAGCUCUGUGAGGGCGUGUUAAGGUGCGUCUUUCACCUAUAGUCCCAUUAGAUAAACAUUUCAUUCUGUGGCUGCAAAACCGAAAUUAAGAAUACAGGAUAAAGUUUCUAUCUGCUAAUUUUAGCUGUUAAAGACAAUCAUUACGAUGUACAACCCCUGAGUAAAAUGACUGCAUUUGCACAAUAUGUAGGACUGCUGUUCAUACACAAGGCAUCUUACAACCUACAAUUCUUACAGAAAAGAAUGCCAAGUAUUCGCCGCGACAUGUUUGAUCAGGGUGGAGUUUUCAGGGUGUGUUUUUGUCUUUUUGUGUGUUCUGGGAUUUGUGUGUGGGCUCACAAUCCAGACAAGACCAUGAACCGUAGCGUAGAAACAAAACCAAGCAGGGGCACAAGGUUACUUGCAAAAGCGUGCGUUCAGAAGGAGAUUUUUUAACCCCAUUUUUAAAUUUUUCCCUCCUUUUUGGACUAUAACAAUGUGAACACGUGUUAAAAAUACAUCCACAGGGAAAAUUUAUUACAUGCCUCCGCCCUACUGAACACAACAACACUAUAAUUGUUAGCUAAGAGGAGGGAAAUCAUUUUGUUCAAUCAGUCAUUGAGGGGAGGUACGCCAGCGGCUGCAAUCAAAGUCAGCACUUCUGGACUAAAUGUCUCAACAUGUUUAAUAGGUAACUGUCAUUGUUUGAUGCGUUUAGUCUCACAUAUUUCUGUUCAUUACUUCCUCAGACUGCCUACACCGUACCCAUCCUCGCCUUUGCUUUCGUGUGCCACCCUGAAAUUCUGCCCAUCUACAGUGAGCUGAAAGAGUAAGUUCCUCCUCUCGAACAUUUACAUCAUGCAUAUAGCGCCAUCACCUCUGAAUGUCUAACUCAGUGUUACGGUGUGUUUGACCCUAAAUUAAUUUUACGCCGGAUUAUCCCUUUAAAAUUCCAGUAUACAUGCUCUCAGUCUGUUUGCUGAUGGUCUCGUUCGCCUUUGUAUAUCAUAGAAAGACUUCCAUAUAAAUUUCUGUCUUUUUUAUCAAUGUAAAAAAAACUCCUUAUAGGAGCUUUAAUAUGGACGCCGAGAACGUGACACUUGCAGCAUACACCAGAACCACACUUGAAAGUUACUUAUAACUAACUGUAAAGCACGUGAAAGCAUGAGGAAAUUUAAUCUAUCAGGAGAAUAAUUGUCAUGUUAAUGUUUGUGUUGAUGUUAAACUCACCUUGUUUAAACUUGGCGGCGGUGCUCCGCGUUAGCCGUCCGUGUUCAUGCUAGCAUAACGCUUUUUAGCCGCGUAUGUAUCCGGUUUUCCGUGUCGCUACGUGAUUCACCUCUGGUUACAACUGGUCAUAACCGGUUCACUAAGGUCCAGAACUCGGUAAAUUUAUCAACUUUCUGUAAAAAGUGCCAUUAAACAGUUCAAGAAGGACGACGCCAUUUCCUGCUUGGAGUGAUAAACGGAAGCUCAACGUUUUUGUUUCCAUGGUAACAGCGUGUUGUGUGUCACCAAAUUAAGAGUCCGUUAAACACAACCCUUCUGCCAAAUGAAGUUCCAUAAAUCCUUUUCUCAAACGUGAUUGAGUUGUGUUUAUGGAAAUUAAAAAAUCUUUAUUUCAGUUACCUUCAAUAAUAAUUCACUCUCCUGGUUUAUUAUGAUUUUUUAUUGCACUAAUGAUGAAUUGGCAGUUAUCCAUGCAGUCCCAAUUCUGAAAUAAACUUUAAAAGCUGUUUCUUUAAAAAAUAUAUAUAAAUCUUUCUUCUUUUACAAUGUAGGUAGUUUUAUUUUUGACUCCUUUAAACUCGCUCUACUGUGUUGAUACAAACCUUUACAAAGGGUUAAUACAAAUGACUUGUAUUCCUGAAGGAUCCAAAAGCAGAAACAGUAGUUUCAGCUUUUCUGUAACGUUUCAGGUCUUGGUCAAAUUGAGAGGAGUCAUUAAAAGAGAAAAGCUUUUAGCCCCGCUCCUCUGGGUGUUGUCUGGACAUGUCCAGCAGUGCAGAGGAAGUGUAGGGGGCUUAAAUUUUCUUGGCGUUUAUCUUCAACUCUCAAGUGUACACUUAAUCUUUAAAAAGCGGAGGGGCCUCUCAAACAGUGAAUGUUUGUGUUGUUUCGCAGUCGCUCCAGGAAAAAGAUGCAGAACGUCUCCAACCUGUCCAUCUUGAUGAUGCUCGUCAUGUACAUGCUCUCGGCGCUGUUUGGCUACCUCACCUUUUAUGGUAGGAACAAUCACACACUAAAGCAACGGUUGCCAUCUCUUAUCAUAUGUAAUAAAUAAUUUGGAGGAUAUCAGAGAGUCUGGAACUUUCCUGUCUUUGCAGUGCCAAAUUUCUUUCUUUCACAUUAACGCUUCACAUAUUUUCCUUCUAACGCAGAUAACGUGGAGGCCGAGUUGCUCCACACCUUCACCAAGGUGUAUAAGUUCGACACCAUGUUGCUGCUGGUGCGUUUGGCCGUUCUCACUGCCGUCACCCUGACUGUCCCCAUUGUGCUGUUUCCUGUAAGUACACCACGCUUCAACACACAGCCUGUCUAUUUAAAGAUUGUUUAAUUUCUCUCCUGGAUAAUCGUUGUGUCUAGAAGGCUUUCUCAUUUUUUGGGCGUUUUGUUUUGAUUAUGAUGAAUCGGUGAUGUAAUUUGAAUCCCAUCAGGCAACACAAACAUGCUCUUCAAGCACACACAAACAAACACCUCCCAAAAAAUGUGCCACUGACGCUGUCCAGCUCCUUCUAAAACCAUUUAUUCAGCCAAGCAUGUUACCGCCACUUUGUGUCACUCUGCUUACAGACCGUGUUUUGUGUUUGCUGCAGAGGGAGAGUCUUGAUUUUGUUGCUUUUGGAUGCAGUUUACUUUAAAAAGAACAGACUGUUCAGUUUCGCACUGUGCUAGUGUCGUCAUCUUUAAAUCUCAGUGCACACAGACUCAGGUCGUAGUGUGCCACACCUCUUAAUUACGCUGACACACACUUCGAGAUCUCCACAGCGAAGCCUCUUUUCCUCCUCCUCCUCUUCUUCUUCUUCUUCUCUCAAAACAGGGUCAGAGUUUAAGCCCCUGAGUAACCAAAACUUAUCAUCUGAGUCGCAUUCAUUCACAUGUACGUAUACUCACCCUUUAGCCUCUCAGCUCCAUAUAUGUCCAGGAGCUAAAUUUAGCGUCGCCCUCAUCUGACAUGAGGAGAACAAAAAUGGCCGCUAGCCAGAGAAAGUUGCAUGCCCCAGUUUAUCUUUCAUACAGACACAAACACACACGCAAACACACAGUAUAUGCGAAGAAAAGUGGCUGCCAAUUUAUGAGUAAUGUCCAAAGAGGCUGCAGGUGCGUCAGAGAUCCACCAGGGGGCGGCAGAUCCGUAUCUGGAAAGUGCUGACAGAGAAUGAUGCAGCAGUGAGUGCAUACCAGGGAAAUAUACACAAAGCACUCACACACACACACAUUCAAAUACAUUCAAAAUACACAAAAUAUUUACAGAUAGUCACAGAUAUAAACAUGGAAAUGUAACUUUGUGGUUAUUUAAUGAUUUCCUGAUUUUUCAAACAUAAUCAGGCACCAUUACUUUCUUAAAUCGCUAAGUGAUGUCUGAACUCUCACACUGGGUGUUCCCAUUCUCCCUCAUAUACCUUUAACAAACACUCAUAAAAUCAGACACACACCCCUCCCUCGGCAGACACUGCUGUUUUUUCUGUCUGGGGGAAUGCGAGAGAGGAUCCCCUCCUCCUCCCUCCCUCCCCUCUCUCUCUCUCUCUCUCUCUCUCUGCAGUGGAAGUUUACAGCUUCACAGUGGACAGUGGAAAAACCCUCACCCUGACUGCCGACUUCAGGGAGAUAAAGGGGCGGAGUCAGUGAAACAAAGGGGGUGGGCUAGCGGAGAAGGCGGUCAGAUUGACAAACCUUUUCCAGGGCUGCACAUGGUUUUUGUAUCGUAUCAGUGAUGGGAGGGAGUUUUAACUAGCAGAUGCAUCAUCCAAUUAGGGGAAAAACAGAUUACUAAUCAAACUAAUCAAAGUCAUCAAUCUGUGCGUUGGGAUCAGUCACUUAAGUGUUUGAUUAAUUCAUUCAGAGUUUUCCAGCAUCCUGAGUAAUGAUCACAAAUAUAAAAGAAAAUGUCAUACACUGUUUUUAAUGUGGACACAGUCAUUGAGAUGCCCAAAGAUGCUGGUCGGCAUAUUUGAAACCUGUCAGUCAAACCAGCUCUUAUUAUUCCUCUAAUUAGUCAUGCGUCUGAAUUUUUAUGUCAAAACAGUUUAAAGUUGCUGUCAGGAUUUUUAACUCGACUGUGAAACAGGCUGAAAUUCAAAUACAGACUCUUAAUGAGCCAAAAAAAUUAAAUAAAAUCAUAAAGAAUAAUAGCAACAACUGGACAGAACCAGAAAAGAUUGGUUUGUCCACAGGGGGGCGCCAGAUUCAGCACAAACUCAAGAGUUCUUCACAGGAGCUGUAAAUCAUAGAAUUACUCCUGCACUUUGGUUUUUUAGCUGAACUUUUUUCAGCUUUUUUUAGUUUGUAAUUAAAGGAAAAAAACAUUGUGCUGAUACAGUAUUUAUUCAUUUUAAAGCUGUUUGUUAACUAUCAUUUCACAGCUAAUGUGUGUGUGAUGCAGUAUUUGUUUUUCUAAUAAUAGCAAACAGUAAAAGCAAAAGUUUAUUUGUGUAGGGAAAUGAGUAAACAUCAUCCAGACGGUAGCAAGAAAAUUUGCAUGGUGCAAAAUGUAUUUCACAUCCAGUUCAGUUUUUUUUUUUACAUAAUACUUUACGCUUUAGGGGCUUGUUGUUUUAAGUAAUGUAACUUAAGGCAAAUAUGCAGACUUUGCUCCUGUAGUUCCUUCUGUUGACCUCUGUGGGGCAGAAUACUGAUAUAUCAGUCUUGGGAAAGCUACACAGAUUGUUUUAUAUCAGGAAAUUUAUCUGGUUACCUUCAUAUUUAUGUAUGCCAUUCACUGAAGCUGAACACAAUACUGUUUUUCGAUUUAACCACCAUGAAGAGAGAUCAGCCUGUUUAAAUAAUGAAGAGUGAGAGUGAAGAAGACUAAAUUUACAGAGGGAAAACUGAAGACUGAAAUGAGACGCCGCUGAGCAGCUGUAGGGACUUGUAUCUCAGUGAAAGGCAGGAUCACAUUCAGGGUUAGUGGUUCAGAUUCCUCUGCAGGCACGUGCAAAACAGGCAUGACCGCCGUUAUCUACAGUGUACAGUAUGCACAUGAGCCGUGAAGCUUUUUAUAAAUGUCGAGCAGAUUCUUUGUGUUGAAAGCCUGGUGACGGACUGGUUUCGGCCUGUGUAUACCUGCAUGGAAACCUAUGAGAGGUGUGAGUCAUAAAUUCACCCGUUUCUUAGAGACAGCGGUUAGAAUUGCACGAUUUCGGUUUGUUUUAAUUAGAUAAAAUCGCCGUGAAUGAAGAUUGACAAACUUGGAUGCAAAGAAGAGCUCGGCGGCUCGGCCAAGUUUCCAGCUGACAUUUAAGAAUCUCGCCUUGAAUCCCCCUGACCUUCAUUUUGCGGGGAAACGCCGCAGACCUUCAGUCAGAGAUUAACAUUAGCUUUGUCUGCAGGCCGCUGUCCUUGGUUCCAGAGGGGAAGUGCUCGUGUGUGAGCGAACAGAGGGUGUAUGUGUGGGACCAGACGUGCAUUUGACGUGAAAACGAGUGUGUAGUGUAUGUGUGUGUGUGUGUGCAGUCACGUGAAGGAUAGAUGCUAACAGAGGCCAGCUCACACAGGGCUUUGCCAGGAUCCAGUACAUAAUGAAAGGGCUUUAUGGGGAGUCAACCAUGCCCCAGUUCUCAGGCUCCAGCGGCAGAUUGAAAGCAUGGGAGGAGGACGCCGCCGCCGCCGCCACUGCCGCCGCUGCCGAGUUGAUGAACAGCGCUAACAUCACUUUUAUGUCUCACGAUCCUGGAGUCAAAUCUGUCCCCUAAUGAAGACCUUUAUUUGAGUCGUGCACGCCCGUAUAUUUCAAGUUCUUGCUCGCUCAGAAUUGGGUCAGUUUACAGUCUGGCUGUAUUAAAAACUGGGACUGAUACGGUGAAAUGAAACUAAAUAUUUAGAGCCCAAACAGCUUUGCUAGCCACACUGCUACACCGUUUUGGGAUCAUUUCAACAAAGUACGUGUAACUUUAAUUAGUUUCAUUUUCUUGAACUGAAGCAGAGGUCUCACACGUUAAAUCAAACUUAAUCUGUUGCCUGGAGUCAAGACGUUUGUUCUCACGUUGGCAGCCUGAUAAUAAAUCUUCAUCUUGGUCCUUUGCUGCUACAUCACUCCAGUCUCUAGCUACUAUCUUAUACUUUGUCCGCUGUCCUGUCCUCCUUAUACAGGCACGAAAAUCCCCCAAAGUAAACCAGAGAGUCAGAAAAACUGAGAUUUUUAGGGUCUCCAAGUCGUGCAAGACUCAUAUUUGCUGCCUUAUCCAGAAAACAAACCAGUCAGAUUUUUUAAAAUCUGCAUUUCUGAACUGAGAAAUAAUGAAUGAAAGAUUAAUGUAGUUUCAAAUUCAACAAGGCCGCAAUAACAAAGUCCUGAAUCUCUUUUUUUGGAGCAUCUUUAGUCCACUAAGAACAAAAGGGUCACGUUAAAGAGAUGAAUUAGGAGGAGAAGAAACAAACUAGUUCAUAGGCCUGCAGAGCACCACUGUCGCCACUAGAGAGCUUGUGCCUCCUUUCCAGCUCAGCGGUUUGUUUUGGUUCCUUUGCUGCACAGUUUGUGAAACUUACUUCUGUUUUCUCCUCAUUUGCUCUCGGUUCGAGUCAUUCUCCAGCGCUCACGGUCAAAACACGUAUGCGGUUUUUGCUGUUGAUAGUUAUGAACAUUUGGGGACUUCACCCUGUCUGCAGUUUCACUUCAGUGUCAGCGAGCAGCUGCUGAAAUCCAAAUGAGUGUGAGAAACAUGCAAAUGUUAAAAAGGAAAAACAUGAAUGUUAGCAGUUUAAAAACAAUUUUAUGAACUUUGGAAAUCCUUUUACCUCUGCAUGCACACAAAACCAUUUUGGUAAUAAAUUAGGGCUCAUGGUGUAUUUACGUCUACUUCUAUUUAAAACAGGUUUAGCAGAACUGUAACUCAAGUAUGUAUGUAGAUGUAAAAUAUUCGCUGCUACCUCGCUGACCCAGAAGUAACUGGUUUAUUCCGGCUGCAUUUAACUACACCACCCAAAUACUUUGUGUGUAUAUAUAUGUAUGUGUGUGUGUGUGUGUGUGUUGUGUGUGUGUGUGUGUGUAGGAGAGUGCAAAUAUCACACAGUGAACUCCAAAGGCUGUACACCAGGUAACAGCCGGGUGCUGAAUAGUUUGGAGCCUUGGAGAGAAAUGCCGCGUCUAGGCUCAAGUUUUCCAAGUUGGCUUAAUUAUGCAACAUUAGAAGGAGGGGAGACAGGGGGGGGGGGGCGAGAUGUAGACUUAAGGAUAGAUGCACUGAUAGUCCCACUAAGACAGACUUCUGGCUGUAAGUGGGACACUUUCUUGGCAGUGGGCAGUGAAGCGCAGAAAUCAUCCGGUAGCCUCCUGACAGGCAUAAUGGAGGUCACUUGGUCCAAUUUGACAGUGCAGAAAAUCCAGUUAAUGUGACUUUUUUUCUUUUUUUUCCACUGAGCCAUGCUAACUGGACGUAAAUCUUGUGUUUUAAUCAAACAUGAAAGGAAACAAAGAUGGCGGAGAGUUUUAAGAGAUAAGAUCAACCUUUAUUCCUCCCACGGUGGGGAAAUUUGCAAACUUGGUUUUUCUCUGACUCUACUUUGGACUUUUUUUAUUCGACAAGUUUGCUGUUCUUUAAAAUAAAGUAGUGUUAAAGUGUUCAGUCAUAGUGACUUGCAGCUGCCACUGUAAAAGGAAAGAAGACAGGGAAAAAAAACUGACAAUAGAAGCUACAUGCAAAGACACAACUUCCCCCGACAGACGAGUCCGCCCUCUUCUCUUUGCCGGCUGAUGCAACCUCAUUGCUCCGUUGCGCUGCAGGAGAUAAUCCCCAGCCUUUUUGAAUGGACACCAUGAGCUCCGCCCUCUUGUAACCUUUCCCUGUGUGGCCCUGCGAGCUGCCGGUGCCUCAAGUUUCACCUGACAGCUCCGACCUUUCACCCACUGGUGGCUUGAACGGACUGCCUGUGGCUCAGCGGCUCGGGGCGUCUUAGCUGGGAUCUCCUGCACAUACACACACACACACACACACACUGGCCUCAUAGUACUUGACACACUUCAGUCAGCAGCCAAGUGUGGGAAUCAGUCUCAGAAAGAAGCCGACAGACACGCAGCCUGCUGAUGAGAAUAAUUAGUUCAUUUAAAAAGUUCUAUACAUGUGCAGGAUAUAAAAAAACACGAUAAUUUAGCUGUAAUGUAAAUUCAUGGAUACAUAAAUUCAGCAUUUACCAGCUGCUUAUAAGCAUGCAGUCAAGUAUGGUAAAAAAGGGUCACUGUGUAGCCCUCUAUGAUGGUCACUCCAGUACAGUUUGUGUUAAUAUACAUAAAAAUAAAAGCAAAAAUAUAGAAGUAGAAAUACACUUUUACAUUUUGUCAGAAGUCGCUGUCAUGCAAAGAUAAGCAUGCUGCUUCGUCUACAGGGGGCGCCAAAUUGACACGAACCAAAAGUUCCUUACAGGAGCUUUAAAUCACCAUCAGUCUGUGGAUGGUAUAAGUCUGCUAACGGGGAAAAACACGCAUUUUAAAACUGUUUUCAUGUGUUUCAAGAGUAAAAGGGUCUCUUGUUGAUGAUAUCGAUGAGCUGAUUUUUUAUCAGACACUUGUUAUUCACUCCUUUUGUGUUUUUGUUUUUCCAGAUCCGCUCUUCCAUCAACACUCUGCUCUUCCACGGGCGAGAGUUCAGCUGGACCCGCCACAUACUUAUCGCCGCCACCAUCCUGGCCUUCAACAACAUGCUGGUCAUCUUCGUUCCCACCAUCAGAGACAUAUUCGGCUUCAUAGGUGAGUCCCGUCUCUGAGUCAGACAUGAGCUGUGGACCGAUUAGCACCUUCAGGGUUCAGGGGUCAUUUUAUGAAGUAAAGACGUGGGAAGUUCAAGAGCUCUGAACUCAAUUGUUCCUGAUGGAAACACAAUGAGAAGCUCAUAAAGAUAAAAAGGAGUCUGAAGGGGUCACCAAAAUGGCUCAAAAAUGGGGGUGAUGCACUUUUGGUUGAAGUUUAAAGCAAGAGCUGUUUCCACUCUGCUUUAUUAGUAUAGCAUUCAAGUUUAACAAAGUGCUGCACAGUAAAAUUAAAAGAAUAGACACUGCAGAAAACAUCAAGAUGAAAUAAAUAAAAGCAGGUAAAAAAUAUUUAAAAUUUAAAAUAAAUGAAAGAAAUAAAAGUGAUAAAAGGACCUUAAAAGACUUAAAAGGACAGAGGUCGCACAACUCUUAUGAUGAGCUAAAAGUCAAGGAAUAAAAAUGAGUUUUAAGACGUGAUUUAAAAGUAGAAAGAGUCGGGGAUGUUUUAAUCUCAAAGGGGCCACAAUUUGGGAGCCACAGCUGAGAAAGCUCGGUCGCCACGUCACUUUGCUAAGUUUCUAACCUGCUGUUAAAGAGUUAAUUAUAAUUUCAUGCAGCUAAAGAUGAAUAUUUUGUUUAAUUUACUUUUCAGAAAUAUGUUAAACUGUUUCUUUCCUUUGCAGGUUCCUCUGCAGCCACUAUGCUCAUCUUUAUCCUCCCCGCUGCCUUUUACCUCCGGCUGGUGAAAACGGUGCCGUUCAGGUCCCCGCAGAAGAUCGGGGUACGUUUUCUUUCCCACUGUAUCACUUUCCCCUAAUUUUUCCAAAACGUGACUCCAGCGGACCCCCGCUGAGCUUCAUCACACAUCCGACUCCAUUUAAUCCCUCCUGUGUCUUCUGGUUUGUGUCUCUCUUCGCAGGCGGCUGUUUUUCUAGUGGUUGGAAUCGUCUUCAUGAUUGGCAGCUUGUCGCUCAUCGUCCUCGACUGGAUCCACAACCCUCCAGGCUCCGGUGGGGAACACUAAACCACCCCUCCCCUUCAGAUUCGAGAGCGCAUCAAAUCCUCUUCAGCCAACACCCUGCGAUGUCUCUUCUGUUUUAUUUCUCAGCUGCUCAGACAUUUAGGAGUGCUGUCCAUCAGCAGCUCAAAUCUCAACAUCGAUCAUAAAAUAUCAACACAAGGACAGAAAGUGGGAGACGAUUCGGACGGUUUUAAAAGUUUUGGAUGAGGGGAAACAGACUCCAGUUUGAGGUGCCUCCAAGACAACUUGAAUUCAUCAUCAUCAUUAUCAUCGUUACUUUUCCCAGCAAUGAAGAGGCAGAACGAACACAAACUGUGCAGCCUGAAGCGGACCCGUGAGCUGCUGUGAACCGGGCUGGAAAGACAAUGUGAGUCCCUCAGUCCUCCGUGCACUUGAAGGAGACAGCCGGAGGUGGAUCGUAUCAACCUCCAUGAAACAAGGAGCACUUCUACGCAUUACGUUUCAUUUUGUGUGCAGAACUAAGACACACACGAAAACACGCAAACACACAGGCAUACAGUGAAACACAAAACACACCUACACCAGCAUUUUUAAGCUGCUAUCCGUACAGAAAAACAAAAGCCCUGAAAUAAACCACGUUUCAGCUCGUCUCAAAUCAGUCAUGGGGAGUUUAAACGCAGAAAUUUCUGCUUCACGUUAACAAUCAGGAGCUUUGCCAAAGUCAACAUGCACAUAAAAUUUAAAAAAAGAGGGGGAUUGGUAAACGGAGAGCUGCAGAGCUUCCUUCCUGGCUGUUUUAUAACUUUUUCAUCCUGACUGUGCACACACGAAGCAAAGAGAUGCCUCAGUAUGAAAACAGACAAGGUCUAAAUGUACAUAGAGAAGUGUGUCUACUGAAAAGAAACCGUUGUUGUACAUAAUAUCUUACUUUUGCAUCAAACAGACCUUCAGGUUGUAUGAAGUUAAAUUUCCAACACGUCUACGUCUUUAUCAGCCACUUCAUUACGGAUUAGACAGCUACCAUCGGUGAUCGUUUAGAAAUCGGCUUUAAUGUGUGAAAAUUAAACAUACCUGCAGUCCCACUUAAAGCAUUUCCACAUGUGCCAAAUCAUUCAAAAGACCUCCCUGAAGUAUAAAUGAAAUGAAAUACUGUCAUGAAAUGUAAAGUUAAUAAUCAAAGUUUGUUAUUAUGAGGAAAUAGUAUUCCUUCGAGUUAUUCGUCAUGAUUAAAAUGAGCGUGGUACUUAGCUUUAGUAACCAUUUUUUAAAGUAAAUAAAACUCAAAAACAAGUCUGUGAACUAACUAAAGCGUCUAAAUUAGUUUGACUCAGAUCACUCACUAACUCCUGACCUACAGUAUCUGACUCGUGCCUUUCUGAUCAUCACCAUCAUAUCCGGUGCCUUUUGGUCAAACCAACAUCCAAACCUCACGUCACCUCUCCUCUGAACGUUUCCAGCCAAAGUGGACAACAUUUAUAGAUCCUUUGCGGAUCUCAGUACAUGAAACAAAUAGAUAUUUCAAAUGAAAUAGUGUAUUACUGCGUGCAUGUUUUUGGAUUACAAACAUGGUCUUUUUGGACAUUUGUAUAUGCUCUGUAAAUAAUCUUUAUUUUAUGGUACACUGACACUCAUUGUCUGUGAGUGGGUCGUCGUUGUUUUUGGGGGAUUCUGCUUUACAAGUCUUCGGCAAUCCAACGUUUGUUAUAGUAAAUAUAAAUAUAUAUGAUGUGUAUUAGUUUUUCUCUCUCUUGCUGUAUGACAGUAGGUUUUUUCUUUACUCAACGCUUGUAUAUUUGUUGAAACUUUGAUCUCUAUGUAUACAUUUUUCUGUAUUUUUAUCGUCUCUCGUCAUAUUAGGAGUUUUCUCUCGAGACUCAGCAACCAGGCAAUACGUUUCUAUAGCUUUUUAGUUCAUGGUGGCAAGUUGAAACCACAAGUAAGCUGUUUAGGUUUGAAUGUAUUUUCUGGAAAAUCAACAUGCAACAUUUCACAAACUCACUACAGGAAGGUUUCAGGGCGGACCCGCCUUAUGAUGGCUCCUCUGCAUUAAACAACACGCAGGAGACCCUUUCAUGUCUAUCAGGCGUGCAGCUGUAACAGGACAAAUGUAAACCGUUGUAGUUCGAACCUUACUGUGGCUCAUAUGUAUCUCACUGCUGUCACGGCGAAACCUUCAACCCCGGUUUGUCGAGGUUUUACUGACAUGACGUUACUUGAAAUGAAGCUUUCCGAGGUAUGAUGAAGCUUCCUUACCGAAGGGUCUUUACAGUAAUCGAAUGUUUAAGACGGAUUGUUUCCAAUCUGGCUUAAAUUUUGUCACCAGUGUUCAGCUUGCAGCCUUUCUCAUGCUCCUAAAACCACACGUACUCUACCUUUAGUUUCUCAGGUAUUCACUGUGGAUGGAUUUCUCUUCUUACUGUCGGUAAACCAGAUUAUCUUCACAUUUUGCAUGAUUGAGCCUACCUUAUCGAUACUGUUAAAUAUAAUUGGGGCUGGCUGAGAUGGAGAGACAUCUUGUUCGAGUCCCCGGCUAACCUAUAACAGUAUUUUUGAAAAGGAGUUGUGUAGAACCACCUGCCUUAUUUUUCUAUGGACCCUCAGCCGCGGAGAAACACUUGCUCGAUGUUACUGCUGUUCAGUGUCUCUGUUUCCUGUGGAUCAGGCUGAACAUUCAGAUUUGUAAUUUUAACCCACCCGAGGGGAUGUGUUUUUUAUGUAUCAGUGAUGCUGUUUCAUUAUGAUGAACAAUAAAUGUGAAAUUUAAAAAAG